CCCACGUGACCGCGCUACGUCAUGGCCUGCGCUAGGGAACUACAAGAUGGCGGAGAGUGCGGAACUGAAGCAAAUGGUAAUGAGCCUGCGGGUGUCGGAGCUGCAGGUUCUGUUGGGCUACGCCGGGCGCAAUAAGCACGGCCGGAAGCAUGAGCUGCUGACCAAAGCGCUACACCUGCUGAAAGCUGGCUGCAGUCCGGCCGUACACAUGAAGAUCAAGGAGCUAUACAGGCGCCGCUUCCCUACUAAACUGCUCUCGCCAGCCGAGCUGGCUCUGCAGGGGGUGCACGCGCCCGCCGUAUCACUGCCCACCGGGCUCACCCAGCUGCCCUUCGACGGACACGCGUCACCCACCUCCCCACUGCUACCCAUAUCGCUCCUGGGGCCCAAGCAUGAGCUGGCGCUACCCCACCUGCCCUCCUCGCUCCACCCUGUCCACCCCGACGUCAAACUGCAGAGGCUGCCCUUCUACGACGUGCUCGACGAGCUCAUCAAGCCCACCAGCCUCGCUUCAGACAGCAGUCAGCGCUUUCAGGAAACGUGUUUUGCUUUUGCAUUAACACCACAGCAAGUCCAACAGAUCAGCAGCUCUAUGGACAUCUCGGGGACCAAAUGUGACUUCACGGUACAAGUACAGUUAAGGUUUUGCUUAUCAGAAACCAGCUGUCCUCAAGAAGACCACUUUCCUCCUAACCUCUGUGUAAAAGUCAAUGGAAAACCAUGCAACCUUCCGGGGUACCUUCCUCCUACCAAAAAUGGAGUUGAACCAAAGCGUCCCAGCAGACCCAUUAACAUUACCUCACUGAUCAGGCUGUCCACCACUGUCCCCAACACCAUUGUGGUGUCCUGGACAUCGGAAAUUGGGAGGAGUUACUCCAUGGCUGUGUAUCUGGUGAAGCAGCAGUCGUCUACAGCGCUGUUACAGAGACUCCGUGCCAAAGGCAUCAGAAACCCAGACCACUCCAGAGCGCUCAUCAAAGAAAAGCUAACAGCAGAUCCUGACAGUGAAAUUGCCACCACCAGUUUGCGAGUGUCAUUACUCUGUCCGCUGGGGAAGAUGCGGCUAAUGAUCCCGUGCAGAUCGUUGACGUGUACCCACCUGCAGUGCUUCGACGCCACACUCUACAUCCAAAUGAACGAGAAGAAGCCCACCUGGGUGUGUCCUGUCUGUGACAAAAAAGCACCAUACGAACACCUUAUCAUCGACGGGUUGUUUAUGGAGAUCCUGAACAGCUGUGUAGACUGUGAUGAGAUUCAGUUUAAGGAAGAUGGCAGUUGGGCCCCCAUGAGGUCGAAAAAGGAAGUGCAGGAAGUUUCUGCUUCCUACAACGGCUUAGAAGGCGGAUGUCAACCUUCAGCCCCCGAGCAGAAAUCCAGCUCCCACACGAACGGCAGCAGCGGUAAGAAAGUGGAGGUGAUCGAUCUGACUCUGGACAGCUCAUCUGAGGAUGAGGAGGAGGAAGAGCCACCUGUAAAGAGAAACUGCCCCUCCCUCUCCCCGGUAUCACCACAGAUGAACAAGGGAGUGUUGAAUUUGUGUACUCAGGCAUCUCCUGCAAGUCGAACUCCCAGCAUGCCACAAGUGGAGACCAACUACAUCCCUCCUCCUCCACCACUCAUACAGGACUACCGCCACUACUAUCCUACACCCAACGAUCUUUCAGAUCUGAACUUUUUCUCGUUCUUACAAGGAGAAAAUCAUCAGCAUUAUAACAUGGUGAUGGCGGCGGCGGCAGCCUCGGCGUCUGAGGAUCACGACCUCCUGCUGAACCGUUUCCUGCCGUACAGCUCCUCUCAGCUGUUCCUGGACGCCCCUGGCACACCGGUGAGUAGCAGCGGCAGUGCAGUUCACGCCGCCCUCAACGUCAACCGCAGCAACAGCAACAGCUCCAGCAGCAGCAGCCUCCCCACGAUCCCCCGCUCCGGCUCGGACAUCUACAGCUCCAUCCCCGAUAUCAUCUCGCUAGACUGAUCCGCAAACCUCACGCUCCGUACAGACUCCAUUACAUUUGGUGUUGGGAGAAAAAAAAAACAAACCAGAAAGAAAGUGAGGUGUUUUAAUUGUUUUUCCUAAACGAAGAACAUUUGCUAUGUACAGAGAACAAAUAUAUUUUCAGUUUUACUUUUUGUAUAUAUAUAUAAAUAUAUAUAUAUAUAUAUAUAAACUCAAAAGACCGUUUUUCCUAUUAUGCGAAUAACUAAGGUUUGGUUUUCUUCCAUGGGAAAAAAAAAAAGAGAGACUUUUUUUUAUUUCAUCACAGAUUGUUGUGUUGUCGUCCCCUUGAUUAUACUGUUAUAAUAUUUUAUAUCUUUAUGGUCUUUUGCUACAUUAUAUUUAGUGUCAUUUCUGAUUCCACGUCGAAGGCGUUACCCUCCCACACAGGGACAUGGCAGCGUGUUCUGCCCGUCCCUCGUCCACAUGGACGUUCCAGAUGGACAGAGACAUGCUUCUCUAGUGCUGGCAGUGUUUUUCAGCUCGCAGAUGGUUUUAUAAUACUUUUAAAUUAUAUGAAGUAUGUGAACUGUUAAGCAUUUCUUUAUCUUCAGGAAUCUGCUGUCUCCUGCCAUUGCUUUUUUUUUUUUUUUUCCUUUCCCUCUUCUUCUUAAUUAUAUUACACUUAUUUAUAAUUAAGAGCAGAAGCAUUUUUGCUCUGAUUGUACUGUCAUCUUUGUAGAAUUUGUGCUAAAAAAAUCACUUUUUAUAUUUCAGACCACUUUUUUUGCACAAUGCCAAAAGCGAUGCCACAGAAAAUCAUUGUCCUUUUCUUUCUUUCUUUCUUUCUUUCUUUCUUUCUUUCUUUCUUUCUUUCUUUCUGUGACUCAAACUCAAUAGCAUUUUCUUCCGUUUUUGUGUGUGUGUUUUUUUUUUCUCAGUUGAUUAAGGAAGUGUGUGUCAGCUCGAAAGAUUUCUAGUGGUUGGAAAAUUUCGUGUGUGUUCUUUAAGCUGAUGCAGCAUUUCUCUAUCCUACACACAUUUUCAUUUUACUCUGCUCUUCUGCGUGUGUGUGUGUGUGUGUGUGUGAGAGAGAGAGAGAGAGAGAGAGAAUUUGACCUGUUGUGACUCAGAACUGCUCCUAUUCAUGUGAGAAGCUUUAUAUACCGCUUUAUAAUGAACUCUAGCGCUCAGAAUUCCGCUCACUAACUCCAGUUGAUGCCUCUCUCACCAGAUCCUUGUCCUUCAUCUUGCGACCUUGGAAUUGAUCAGAUUUUGUUGAAAAUGUAAUAGAUCUGCAAAAGGAGGCUCACAUUUCAUUCGAGAACUGCUAAGCCUCCUACUCUUUGUGGUUUGGAAAUACAGCUAGACAUGCUAGCUAAUUAACCUGAACAAUCAGAAGACAGCGAAUGGUAAAAAUUCGUAAAAAAAAAAAUAUUCUGUGCAUAUUAGGAACUGCUUUUCUCAUUUCAACAAAAUAAAACUCCUCAUGAGAAAGCGUGGGAUUUAGUCACGUGACCGUGCACCCGUCGUGAUCUACAGGGGCAGUGUUUAAUUCGAUGUUGUGUUAUGAUUACGUUUGUGUUUAUUUCUAGACCCCGUGACGGGUGACAACUCUGCAGCAGGGCGUCAGUAACGAACGUCUCUUUGUAAAAACGUCUAAUUCGGCAAACACUUCAACAAUUUUCCAGUGUCCUAACAUGUCUUCCUCUCAUUCCUUCCCAUUCGUUAGACAGAUGAAAAGGAACGGAGGGAGCAAAAUAAUAUCUUAGGAUACAUAUCUUCAACACAAACACACACACACACGCUAAAAUGGCUUGAUCUUAGCAGAUGAGAGGUCUAUUUAAGAGACGCACCCGGCGUAUGAGAUGACGGCCUCACGGCUUGAAUAUGCAUGAAAUAUAUUUAUUAAAACAGUUAUUUAAAUAAAGAAAGGUUCAUUUAAGGGGAAAGGUUCAGUUUACCUCACUUUGCUUGACAUCAUUUGGGAUAUCUAAAAGCUGUGCGUGUGUGUGUUGCUUGAGAUCUUGACCCCUCCCCUUAAUUGCAUUUCUAGCUGAUAAACUCUCUUCCUCUCGUGGUUCAUCCUUAACAGUGUGACCGAUGAUGGUCCAUAUUUCCGUCACCUGCUACAUGCUUUUCCUCUCCUUUUUCCUGCCUAAAAUAUCUUCAGUAUUUGCAGCUCUGUUUUCAUGCCAUGACCUCGUGGAACAGUGUUUCGUUCAGUCGAUGGCUCGAUAGCUUACACAACAAAUACCUUCAGGCGCUGAUCAUCUCUCCGUGUCACUCAGCCGCCGAGCUUUAACAAAGAUGGCAUUGUAAAGGAGAUAAGGAUUUCAUCACACAGUUUAAUGUGUAAUGUCAUGACUGACCUACAUUUUUAAUAGUGAUGAUAAUCAUCCCAGUUGUUUUAUUUAUAUGGGAGAAUUGAUUCUCUUUUGCGUAAAACCAUGCAUUAACUCGUACAAAUAGAAGCUUUAUUAUUCUAUUCUAGACAUACUGACAAUUGUGCUUUAAACUCCUGGAGUAAUGUUUUUUAGUUUUGUAUUUGCUCUCUCUCUCUCUCUCUCUCUCUCUCUCUCUCUCUGACAGUGUUAAAGACUAAAAGUCUGGUCAUAUUUGUUCAGUAUCUGAUGCCGUGGAUCUCGCGUCCACCAUCAAACCGACGUGAAGUCAAUAAAUAGUUCUUUAUUUUUGUCCCUUUUCCGUUCAAGUCAAUAAACACGUCAUUAACAUCAACAUGGUCAUGCAGCUUUGAUUUGAAGCGUAGUUCUUGACUUCACUGGUCAAUCCCUCUGGACGUAUAGUUGAUUUAAUUUAAUGUAUAAAAGAUUAUUUGCUCGAUAACUACAACAACAAAAAUCUCAACCCAUAUUUCAUCCACUUGAUGUCAGUGUUUUGUAAUGAUUGACAAAGGGAAGUACUGUGUGUGUGUGUGUGUGUGUGUGUGUGUGUGUGUGUGUGUGUGUGUGGGUUCUGAUUUGAUUUGAUUGGAUGUAGGGCUAAUUGUGUGCUCAUGAUUGAUUUGUGUUGUAUGUAUUUGUAUUCCAGCCCCUGGAACAUCAACAAAAACAAUUACUAUAUAUAUAUUUUUUUCUUCUUUCAAAUUGUGCUAUUAAGUAGACUUUGUGUCUGAGUCAGAUUUUAUUUAAUUUUUUAUUAUUUUUCAUUUCAUGUAAGCUGACAUCUGCGUUCACUGCCUUAAACUUCACUUCCUCUGUCUGUGGCAUGUCCGGUAAGAGAAACAGCUUUUUUAAGGGGAUGUGGAAGAGAUAUUGUAUAGUAGAACAAUGUCAGUUUGUAUAAAGUACUAAGGGAAAAAAAAAUAUUUAUUACAUGCAUUGGAAGAAAUUGUUUACUUAAUAAAUGUUACCUGUUUAUUUAGGGACGUUUAGAUGUAAUAAAUACAUUGAGUUAAACUUU